AUGUCUCCUCACACUGACCGAGGCCAAAGUAGCCUCAGCUUUGCUAUUGUGUUCGUUAUUGGUGCUCCAGGUGCAGGAAAGGGUACCCUUUCAACACAUCUUGCACAGACGUACAAUCUCUAUCACUACUCCGUCGGCGACGCCUUACGUGCUUGGAUGCGCCAAAACCCUACCACCCAACUUGCAGUUGAGAUUCAAAGUAAGCUAAGAAACCAAGGCUUUGUCCCCUCCGACACGCUGAAUACCUUUAUCUACGGCGAGAUCUCCAACAUCAUCAAGAACAAGCCUGGAAGUGCAGGCAUCCUGGUCGACGGAUUCCCACGAUGCAUCGACCAGCUCGAGGCUUUCGGCCAAUGGCCCUUCCAAGACAGCUUACCGCUUGCACCUGGUGACCACAAUGGGUUGAUAAAGCCUGAUGUUGUACUCGCCUUUGAGGUGACGAAGCAGAAUGCGAAGGAGAGAUAUUUAGGCCGUGCCCGAGACACCAAUGACAGUGAAGACAAGUUCGUAAGACGUUUUGCAGAAUACGAGGUUGAGACUAUCCCUGCAAAGGAAGCAUAUCAGGAGCAGGAUAUUGUGAUAUCCGUUGAUAUCAAUGGUAAUAAAGAACAGAAUCUCGAAGUUCUUACCAAGAAGCUUGAGGAGAGCGAAAUAUGGGAAAAUGUUAUUGUCAUGAAGAGUUCAGGAACUCGAUUUCUCGUUUAG